CACCCGCUGGGCCCUUGGCGGGCUCCCGGCCUCCCUUUCCUCUUCCCUCCUCCGCUCGCCCUGUCUUCCGUGCGCGCCCAGCGCCGCGCUCGGCCGGCGUGCCUCGCGCCCUAACGGGCGGCCGGGGGCGCCAAUCAGCGGGCGGCAGGGUGCCAGCCGCGGCGAAUCGGCGGGGCUCGCGGCCCGGGGUGGGAGGCGGGCCCAGCGCGCGGUCGCGGCGGCGGCGGCGGCGGCGGCGGCGGAGGAGGAGGAGCAGCAGCAGCUCCCGGCCAGCAGGCAGCGAGCGCCGAGCGAGCCGCCCGGAGGUGGGUGCGCCGCGCCGCCGGCCGCGGAGGGCGCCGGGCGGAAGCGGAGGUUAGAUAAAGGAGACUAUCUUCUUGGUGUAGAUUGCUGUCUUUGACAAGAACAUGUCGUCCAUCUUGCCAUUCACUCCACCAGUUGUGAAGAGACUGCUGGGAUGGAAGAAAUCAGCAGGGGGAUCUGGAGGAGCAGGGGGAGGAGAGCAGAAUGGACAGGAAGAGAAAUGGUGUGAGAAAGCAGUUAAAAGUUUGGUGAAGAAGCUAAAGAAAACAGGACGAUUAGAUGAGCUUGAGAAAGCCAUCACCACUCAAAAUUGUAAUACUAAAUGUGUCACCAUACCAAGCACUUGCUCUGAAAUUUGGGGACUGAGUACACCAAAUACGAUAGAUCAGUGGGAUACAACAGGCCUUUACAACUUCUCUGAACAAACCAGGUCUCUUGAUGGUCGUCUUCAGGUAUCUCAUCGAAAAGGACUGCCACAUGUUAUAUAUUGCCGAUUGUGGCGCUGGCCAGAUCUUCACAGUCACCAUGAACUCAAAGCUAUUGAAAACUGCGAAUAUGCUUUUAAUCUUAAAAAAGAUGAAGUAUGUGUAAACCCUUACCACUACCAGAGAGUUGAGACCCCAGUUUUGCCUCCGGUAUUGGUACCUCGACACACUGAAAUCCUGACAGAACUGCCACCUUUGGACGAUUAUACCCACUCCAUUCCAGAAAACACUAAUUUCCCAGCAGGAAUUGAGCCACAAAGUAAUUAUAUCCCAGAAACACCACCUCCUGGCUAUAUCAGUGAAGAUGGAGAAACAAGUGAUCAACAGUUGAACCAAAGUAUGGAUACAGGAUCUCCAGCAGAACUCUCUCCUACUACUCUUUCCCCUGUGAAUCAUAGUUUGGAUUUGCAGCCAGUUACUUACUCGGAACCUGCAUUUUGGUGUUCGAUAGCAUAUUAUGAAUUAAACCAGAGGGUCGGAGAGACCUUCCAUGCAUCACAGCCCUCACUCACUGUGGAUGGCUUCACAGAUCCUUCAAAUUCAGAGAGGUUCUGCUUAGGUUUACUCUCCAAUGUCAAUCGAAAUGCUACAGUAGAAAUGACAAGAAGACACAUAGGAAGAGGUGUGCGCUUAUAUUACAUAGGUGGGGAAGUCUUUGCUGAGUGCCUAAGUGAUAGUGCAAUCUUUGUGCAGAGCCCCAACUGUAAUCAGAGAUACGGCUGGCACCCUGCAACAGUGUGUAAAAUCCCACCAGGCUGUAAUCUGAAGAUCUUUAACAACCAGGAGUUCGCUGCUCUUCUGGCUCAGUCCGUUAAUCAGGGUUUUGAAGCCGUGUAUCAGCUAACUAGAAUGUGCACCAUAAGAAUGAGUUUUGUUAAAGGCUGGGGAGCAGAAUACCGGAGGCAAACAGUUACAAGCACUCCUUGCUGGAUUGAACUUCAUCUGAAUGGACCUCUACAGUGGUUGGACAAAGUAUUAACUCAGAUGGGAUCCCCUUCAGUGCGUUGCUCAAGCAUGUCAUAAGGCUUCGUCACCAAUCAAGUCCCAUCAAAAGACUUUUGUAACAACUCUUCUGUCAUAGUAUUUGUGUGUGGUCCCCAUGGACUGUUUACUAUCCAAACAUUCAAGAAAGAAAACAGCACUUGAGGUCUCAUCAAUUAAAGCACCUUGUGGAAUCAGUUUCCUAUAUUCGAAUAUUAGAUGGGAAAUUUAGUGUCUAGAAAUUCCCUCCCAUAAAGGAGGAAGAGAAGAAUUUAAAGACUUAACUGAUGUCUUGUUGGGCAUAAAACGGAGUGUCCCAAAGGUUUAUUAAUAACAAUAGUAGUAAUGUGUACAGGUAAUGUAUCAUGAUACAGUAUCACAGUAUUGUGCUGUUUAUAUACAUUUUUAGUUUGCAUAAAUUAGGUGUGUGCGCGUGUGUGUGUGUGUGUGUGUAUGUGUGUGUGCGCGAGAGUGCACGUGCGUGUGCGUGCGCGUGUGUCCUGCUUCUUGAUUUAGGUAAGCCCUUAUAAAGUUACAGUACCUAAUCUGCUAUUCCCACUUCUCCGUUAUUUUUAUGUCUUUUUUUAAUAUAUAAUAUAUAUAUCAAGAUUUUCAAAUUAUCGUUUAGAAGCAGAUAUCCCUUCUAGGAAAACUAAUUUUUCUGCCUUUUACCAAAAAUAAACUCUUGGGGGAAAAAAAGUGGAUUAAGUUUUGGUAUCCUUGACUUCGGUGUGUACAGUGGAUCUUAAAUCGUGGUUCUUUUUGUCUUUUUAUUUUAUUACUAGACUUCAUAAGGAAACCUUGCUGAAAAAAUCUUUCCCAAGUCUUUCCCUUAUCCUACUUUAUCCUGAUACCAAAACAGCAUAGCAUGAUAUCCAAUGCCAGUAAUGAUUGCACUGAUAUUACUAGCACCAGUUGAUUCUGGGGUAUUAGGAAUUCACAUGGAGCAGUCCCUGUAUCUUACACAUAAUUUUAGCAGAUUAAUUUGUUUAACUUAGCAGUCUAUUGAUUUAUUCUUGCACCUUGUAAACAGUGCACAGGUGACAGUAUAAUUAUUUUCAGGGAUAUGUUACAAUUAUUUCAGUAUACUUACCCAUUUAAAAAGCCAAUCUAUAUAUAUAUAUAAAACCCCUUUAUAUUCUUUGAUUUGACUAGUUUCCUUUGAUACAGUUACCAGAUUGUAUUAAGAAAUGGACCUUUUGUAAAUGUAAUUGGUUCUGCAAAAUAUCUAGAAAAGUGAUACUGAGGUAUGAUUAGCAGAUAAGAUCUUUUUUAAAAGUGUGUUGUAUUCAGUUUAUAAGAUCUGUUAUUUUACAUAAUUGUUAAUUCAGAAUAUUUUUAAUUGGGAGAGAAGCCGUUUAGCAAGUGUUUUGAGGGUUUUUUUUGUUUUUGUUUUUGUGUUUUUAAUUAAAAAUAAUUUUUUUAACCUACA